CGGGAAAGCAAUACGACGACGUUAGAUAACUAACUAACUAAACUCCCCGGCAAAACCCUAAUACAGUAAUACUAUGAGUACUCUUCGUAACCCGUACAUUUCGGAGGAUCCACCGCCGCCGAAUGCUGACGGCGGAAACGGCGUUGACACGCAAGCAGCUGUUAAGAUCCCGGAAGAGCUAAUGGCUGACUCCUUUGUCCCGGCCAUUAGAGAGGGAGGCGGUGGUAAAACGAACUCUGCUGAUAUGGCAACGGAAGAGCUAGUGGCUGAAGCCAUCGCUCCGGCCAUUAGCGACGGCGGCGGUGGUAAGACGGACACCGCUGAUAAUUUCCCCGAAGCGCUGGUAUCCGGAGCCAUUGCUCCGGCCAUCAGCAACGGGGGCGGUGGUAAGACGCACACUGCUGAUAAGGUCCAGGAAGCGCGGGUGUCUGAAUCUAUUGCCCCGUCCAUUAGCGACGGCUGUGGUGGUAAAACGAACACUGCUGAUAACAUCCCAGAAGAGCAUGUUUCUGAAGCCGUUGCUCCGGCCAUUAGCGACGGAGGCUGUGGUGAGAGACAUACUGCUGAUAAGAUCCCAGAAAAUUUAGUAGCUGACAAGACCCCGGAAGAGCUAGUGGCUAAAGCAAUUGCUCCAGUAAAGAGGGAAUAUCUUCGCCCUGCCCCUCCAAGAAAUUUUAUCGACAGUAGCAGACACACAACUGGUGACCAAAAGGACAAGGAUGCGGAGGCCAAGUCCAAGCCUCUACUAGAUGUGAAAAAAUCUAAGCGCCAACUCAAACGUGACCGUCUUGAGGAACGUAAAUCUGCACUAAGCCUGUGCCCCGUAGUGGCAAAAGCAGGGAAGGUCAGUGCAUGUGCUUACAAUGAUAGGUGCCGCUUUAGCCAUGAUUUGGAAGCUUUUAUUGCUCAGAAACCAGCUGAUGUAGAGGGAACUUGCCCUUUCCUAGAUACUGAAGGGCCAUGUCCAUACGGGUUGGCAUGUAGAUUUGGAGGUACACACAGAGAUGCUCUGACCGAAGAAAUUUCAAAAACUCAUAGGAAGAACUCUGAAUCAAAUGUAUUGAACAAGGAAACUCAAAAACUUUUGUGGAAAAACAAAGUGAAGUUUACCAAAGCUGACGCUACUCUCAAACGUCUUGGACUCACGGGAAAUAUAAAAAACAAUAAGUUCGCCAAUAGAGAGGAAGAUAUUAAAACAACGAAGAUAGGCUCUUCCACCUCCCAUGACGAUGAAGUUGCUGCUGAUGCUACUAAUGGAUUGGAGAGAUCUCUUUUGGUAACUGGAGAAGAAGAUAUGAAUGAAGCUCAUGCAAUUGAAGAUGCUCCACCUCCAAAGAAGGCUAAAACUUCAACUGAUGAAACACCUAUUUGUAUGGAUGCUAACAAUGCAGGUUCAAAUGUUCAUGAGAAGGAUCUUGAUGUGAGCCAUGAAGAAGAUCCAUCUGAAUCAACUAUAGAUCUUAAUGCGGAGUCUGAUAAAAGCCUUAAAGUUCAAGCACGUGAGAAGAAACUUAUCGACUUCAGAGAGAAACUGUACCUUGCCCCUCUGACUACGGUUGGAAAUCUACCAUUCCGUAGGGUAUGUAAGGUGCUCGGAGCUGAUAUAACUUGUGGUGAAAUGGCAAUGUGCACAAAUCUUUUACAGGGCCAAGCAUCAGAAUGGGCACUACUAAGGCGUCACUCAUCUGAAGACAUUUUUGGUGUUCAAAUAUGUGGGCCAUAUCCAGACACAGUUGCAAGAACUGUUGAUCUUAUUGAACAGCAGUGCUCAGUGGACUUUAUUGAUAUUAACAUGGGAUGCCCAAUUGAUAUUGUGGUUAACAAGGGUGCUGGAUCAGCUCUCCUUACAAAACCAAUGCGAAUGAAAAGUGUAAUACAGGCAGCUUCGGGAACUGUUGAUAUACCAAUAACCGUCAAGGUACGGACAGGUUAUUUUGAGGGUAAGAACCGCAUUGAUUCCCUCAUUGCAGAUAUGGGAAACUGGGGAGCUACUGCUGUUACUAUACAUGGUCGAUCACGCCAACAACGUUAUAGCAAGCUUGCUGAUUGGGGAUACAUCUACCAGUGUGCAAAAAGGGCCCCGAAAUCAUUGCAAGUAUUCGGAAACGGUGAUGUGUUUUCGUAUGUAGACUGGAAUAAACACAAAAGUGAUUGCCCUGAGCUUUCUACAUGUAUGAUUGCCCGAGGUGCACUAAUAAAGCCUUGGAUAUUCACGGAAAUCAAGGAACAGAGGCACUGGGAUAUUAGUUCUGGGGAACGACUGGAUAUCUUCAAGGAUUAUGUGCGUUUUGGCCUUCAACACUGGGGUUCUGACUCAAAAGGAGUGGAGACAACCAGGCACUUCUUGCUGGAGUGGCUUAGUUACACGUGUCGGUAUAUCCCAGUUGGUCUUUUAGAUGUCAUCCCUCAAAAAUUAAACUGGCGAGCACCUGCAUACUACGGUCGAGAUGACCUUGAGACACUCAUGGCUUCUGAUUCUGCUGCUGAUUGGAUAAGGAUCUCUGAAAUGUUGCUAGGCAAGGUUCCUGAUGGGUUUUCAUUUGCACCAAAACACAAAUCUAAUUCUUAUGACCGAGCUGAAAAUGGCUAAUAUAUUUCCAUCGUCUUCACUUUUUGCCUUUCUCGAGCUUUGGGACUACCUGCUUUAAGAGGACCAUUUCUUUGCUUGUAUUUUAUAAUAUUAUUUGACUAGUAUCGAAUUUUAUCCGAGUCUUGUUGGUGGAUUUUCCGGUAGAGCCCAUAAAUUUUGGGAAAAAGGUUUUAUACUCUGAGACCUGUUGGUGGAUAGUCGGGAUGAAAGUAAACAUGUACACAGACUUGGUGAAAAGAGUACUUCAAUCAAGUUAUUCAUUUCUAAUUGGAAAUUCUGAUUUUUGUUCAAGCGCACGAAACAAAUUAUAUUCUCA